AUGCGUCUCAAGGCGCGUCCCCAGAAGAGGACGUUCCUCCGCAACAUCCUGGAGCAGAAACAUUUUGUGUUGGGCCCAGAAGUGGACGCGCUCACCCGCAGCGUCACGGGCCCUCGCGCACGCGGUGAUGUCACACUCUUGAAGCGGGACCCCCCCCAGAGUCCAUGGUUCUCAGGAGCCUGCUACACAAACACAACACCUCCUGAGACUGCGGCGGCCCCGCGCUGUCUGUGCCACAGCCACAGCUGCCCUCUGUGCACGGACUAA